AUGACGAAAGGAUAUUCAUUAGAACAAGAUUUGAGAUUAUUAAUAAAUAAUCCAAAAUAUAGUGAUAUAAAAAUUUUAUGUAAGGAUAAACAAAUACUACACGGUUGCAGAGCAAUCUUAGCAGCAAGGUCCGAAGUAUUUGAUAAAUUUCUUUAUAAUGGGAGGAAAGAAAGUUAUGAAAAUCAUUUUUCUUUCCCGAAUAUUAAUUCUUCCGAAAUGGAAAUUAUAUUAGAAUACAUUUAUUCGGGAUCAAUUAAAGUAGAAUCUUUAAAUAAAGAAAAUAUAGUCGAAGCUUUUUAUGCUGCAGACUAUUUUCAAUUACUAGACCUUCAGAAAUUUAUUAUGGAAACUAUUAAAAGUGCUAAUUAUGCAAAAAAUUAUUCACCAGAAUUAUUAUCUAAAGUAGUGAAUACAAUUCCGCUAUCGGAAGAUAAUAUUCUCUUAAAUUUAUUAGUCGAAUCUGUAGCAACUAUUCCACUAAAUACUGUUGAGUUUGGUCGAUUAUCAAUCAAGGCACUUCAACAUCUCCUAUCUUAUACAUAUAAUAAAGAAACGCCCUUUGCAACGCCAGAAUAUGAAGUUUUUCGAUAUGCCGUUAUUCUGGCAGCAAAACAAGUCUCUAAUAGUGCAUACAAAAUUCUUAUGGAGAGAUUACCUACCUUAGAACAAAUGAAUAACUCGAUCCAAAUAGAAAUUAAAUUUAUUGACAAUAACCGAAUAUCAGAAGUUACUAAAGAAUUGGAACCUUUGGUUGAAUUUAUUGAUUUCAGACGAAUUAAAAGACAAAUAUUUGCUGAUCUCAUUGAUCCAUUAGAAAUUAUCCCAACCAAAAUAAUUUUAAAUGUUUAUCGAUAUAUAGCAAAAUCGAAUAGUUCAGACUUAAAUGAUAUUCGAGGAAUUCCAACGUCAAUUUACAAAUUUAAUGAAUCCGAUUAUGUUUGGGAUGAAUCAGCAUGUGGAUCAAACCUUAUUAUUGAGGAUAAUGGAAAAGUUGUACGUACUAAAUCAGCAAAUGUUUAUAAUUAUCAAAGUGUUAGAGCAAAACUUGCAUUAGAGAAUGAAAACAUUUUUGAAUGGGAUGUCAUUAUUGAGAAAGUCAGCGUUUAUUUUCAUAUUGGAGUAUGUACAUUGGAAAAUUUUGAAAGUGAAAGUUGGGUGUCUUAUGGAUGGGUAUUGUGUAGUGAUGGUAGGUGUUGUAAUUUCGGGAAUUGGCAACUUGAUUAUUGUCCUGAAUUUAUAAAUGGUGCAAGAAUCACUGUUCAUCUAGAUAUGAAUAAAAGAACUUGUGCUUUUACAGUAGAUGGUACAAAAUAUCCGGUAGUAUCAACAUGGAAUAAUUUGCCAUCAAAGCUUUAUCCCGUAGUAUCAUUUCAUUAUCCUGGUCGCUUUCGAAUUCAACCUCAUCAAAAAUCAUAA